AUGCUAGACUUUUACCUCAUUAUCCAUUUUCUUCUUCCAGUGAUACAAUGUCUCAUCGGAGUUUUAGCAAAUGGCAUCAUUGUGAUUGUGAAUGGCAUUGAGUUGAUCAAGCAGAGAAAGAUGAUUCCGUUGGAUCUCCUUCUUUCCUGCCUGGCGAUUUCCAGGAUUUGUCUGCAGUCAUUUAUCUUCUACAUUAAUCUGGUUAUUCUCUCCUUGAUCGACUUCCUUCCACUUGUUAAGAAUUUUGCGGUUUUCAUGUUUGUAAAUGAAAUGGGACUUUGGCUGGCCACAUGGCUCGGCGUUUUCUACUGCGCCAAGAUCUCCCCCAUCGCCCACCCACUCUUCUUCUGGUUGAAGAUGAGGAUAUCCAAGUUGGUGCCAUGGCUGAUCAUCGGGUCUCUGCUUUUUGCCUCCAUCCCUUUGGUUUUCUACAGCAAGCAUACGUGGGUUCUUUCCCAAGAAGUCUUGCUGAGACUUUUCUCCCCAAAUGCAACAACUCAAAUCAGAGAAACAUCUGCUUUACAGAUUGUCUUUCUUGCUAGGUUUUCACUGCCGUUCGUUAUCUUCCUCAUUUCUACUCUGCUCCUGGUGGUUUCUCUGGGGAGACAUACCUGGCGGAUGAGAAACACAGCGACCGGAACCAGGGACGGUAGCACAGGUGUCCAUGUGAGUGCGCUUCUGUCCAUUCUGUCCUUCUUGGUCCUCUAUCUCUCCCACUACAUGACAGCUGCUUUGUUCUCUUCUCACAUUUUUGAGCUCAGAAGCUUCAUGUUUCUGUUCUGUAUCUUGGUGUUUGGGUCCUACCCUUCGGGACACUCUAUUAUCUUAAUUUCGGGAAAUCCUAAACUGAAACAAAAUGCGAAGAAGUUCCUCCUCCAGGGGCAGUGCUGCCAGUGAGAGAGAACUUUGGUCCAUUCGAAGAACUGGCAGUUCCAUGAGCUGACGAUGCCCGCCAUACCUUCUUGAGUCAAACAAAGCAGUCUGCUCACAAUUACACAAAGCUUGGACUGCUUGUCUAACCUGAGGCAUUUUUAUGGAUUUGCCCCUUUUUCAAAGGGUUAUAUUGAUUUUCAGGGCCCAACGCACACUGGCGGAUCGCAUCAAUGUCAAUAUCCUCAUUGCGAUACUGUACUAUCAGGGUGCAAGGUGUUACCUGAUUGGGAAAGACUGGGUGAGUGGUACGGGGAUCGAUCUGUAUUAUUUCUCACAGCUGCACCUGAAUCAGCAAUUUUCUCAAAAAGUUUAGAGAAAAAGAAAAGGACAUUUGAACUCGUGAUGUCAGAAGGGUGCGUGAAGGCCGUGGCGUCCCCGUGCGCCCGAUGCCUCAUCUAGAUGAUGGAUCUUGAAAGGACUGGUUGCUCCUUUUGGGUCUAACUUGCAGAUUAUUUUUGCUCUGUUUGUUAGAGUCGUCCGAUCUGAGAGAGAGCUGAGGACAGGCUGGCCAUCUCUGUCCUGGUAAGCUUGCUCACCGACGCCACACUGCUGAGAUGCUAGACGCCACGUUGACAUGUCCCAUCAACUGCCCAAAAGAGCAGGCAGAUGGAGGAGGAAAGAGGAACCCGGGC